GGUGAAGUCGAAGGUCAAUUGAGCUCUUCGUCUCUCUUCGCCGCGACGUCUGUAACCCACCAUGCCGCGUAAAGGAGGCAAGCGCAGGAAGACCCGCACCCACGUGGUGGAGGCCCCCGGCGUGGAGAAGGAUGACUCGCCCAUGAGCUUCGUGUUCAAGAUGGGCAAGGUGCCCGGCGUCGUGAGCACGCUGGUGCAGGACAUGCGCCGCGUCAUGGCGCCCUACACGGCCGACAAGCUACGCGAGAAGCGCAAGAACACGCUCAAGGACUUCGUGCACGUGGGCGCCCCCAUGGGCGUCACGCACUUCAUCUUCUUCACCAACACGGAGGCCGGCACCAACCUCAAGAUCGCGCGCAUCCCGCGCGGCCCGACGCUGUCGUUCAAGGUGACCAAGUACUCGCUCAUGAAGCAGAUGCACCUGGUGGUCAAGCGCCCCGUGGACGCGUCGGCUGCGCUCAAGUCCAAGCCGCUGGUCGUGCUCAACAACUUCACGGCGCCCGACGACCACAUUAAGCUGAUGAACGUGACGUUCCAGAACAUGUUCCCGGCCAUCGACGUGCAGACGGUGGCGCUGUCGGAGUGCAGGCGUGUGGUGCUGUUCAACUACGAGAAGGAGACGGAUACGGUCGAGUUCCGCCAGUACGUGAUCCGCGCUGCGCCGCUUGGUCUGUCGAAAAGUGUCAAGACCAUCGUGAAGGCCAAGGUGCCCAACCUGAACAAGCUCGAGGAUAUCAGUGAGUACGUGCUGGGCAACGGCGCUGGCAUUGGAUCGGCUUCGGACAGUGAAGUGGACGACGAGGCGUCCCACGUGACGCUGCCCGACUCGUUCCGUGGACGUGGCAACCGCAAGGCUGAGAAGAGCGCUGUGCGGCUGACGGAGAUCGGACCGCGUCUCACGCUGAGCCUUACCAAGGUGGAGCGCGGCAUCUGCGAGGGCGACGUGCUGUACCACGCCUACAAGACCAAGACGCCGGAGGAGUCUGCCAAGGCUAAGGCGAAGCACGAAGCUGCGCUCGCCCUCAAGCGCCAGCGUCGUGAAGAACAGGAGGCCAACGUCGCGAAGAAGCAGGAGGCCAAGGAUGCGAAGAAGCAGCGCAAGGCUGAGCGCAAGCGGAAGCGCGAGCAAGGCGAGGAUGAUGAUGAGUACGACGAGACCACUGCCAAGACUGGUGGCAACGACGACGACUCGGAGCUGGACGACGUCGAGUACUACCGCCAAGAGGUUGGCGAGGAGCCGGACGCGUACAUGUUCCCUGACAAGAAGAAGGAGCCCAAGCACAAGAAGCAGAAGAAAUCCACGGAGAUGAAGGCUCCUGUGCAGAAGCCGUCCGAGACUGCUGCGUCCGACAAGAAGAACCGAUUCCUUCGGGCUGGUGGCAAGGCCCCCAAGGGCCAAGUCAUCCGUCAGCGCCAACCCAAGAAGAAGUAG